UUUCGUAAUUAAAUACUACAAUUCAGUAUGUUUUUCACUAGUCUCCUCCCUAUGUGCAAUAUUUGGAACCGGAGAAGCAAUGGAAAGGAAUAUUGAUUGAUUUUCUCUAUCACAUCUGCGGGUAUUUACGCCAGACCUGUAUUCUGCAACAGCCCCCGUUAGUGGGUCUGCGGAAUGAAACGCUCGACGGUGUGAUGGGCGCCAUUGUCAAUGACACAGCGGACAUGGGUGUGGCCCCGCUGGGAAUGUCUUCAUCACGCGGUGAGCAUUUCACCCUGAUCGAUUCCUUAUUUCCGCGGACAUACAUGGCCGUGGUGCACAAGAAUCACCUCCUGUCCGCCCGACAGUCUGAUUUCUUCUGGAAUACACUGGAAAAGCUGGCGUCGCCCAGUGUGCUGGCGGUGAUGGUUGCCGUAGUCAUUUCUUUCUCGCUGGUCGGUAUCAUCUUCGAAGAGUUCCAUAAGCGAUUUCGACAAAGGUCACCAGGACGAUUUGGAAUAAAACGUUUCUUCUCGUGGACUAUAAAGUUGUUGGGCUUGGGUUUAGGCAUCGAAGGCAUUGGUAAAUUAAAGUGCUUUAUAAAUUUUUCCAGAGGAGCCGUAAGCCGGAGCCGGAGAAAGGAUUUUGAAUCAGCGCGCGUCACACAGUGGCCGCUGUCGAAAAUGCUCUUCUACGGCGUGUGGUGUUUGUAUACACUCACUAUCUUGUGUACCAUAUCCGGACACAUGUCAUACGUGUUUGCCUUCAGCUCCCCGAAAAAGCUGCCUUUUGAGAACGUUGAAUCCCUGUUGAACACAAAGUUCACGGUUUAUGGCAGUCCAACGGCGAUUGACAUGUUAAAUGCAUCUCGCAUUCCCUACCAGAAGGAGUUGGCACAAAAAGUUCUCAUCCUCAACUCCACCACGUCCAAUGUCAGUUAUUCCAAUAUCUACACACAGUAUCUGGAGUUGGCCAUGGGCGACCUUACAGCACUGAUACUCAGUCAUGAAGCACUGCUGGAUUUGUCGGCCGUGAGUUGCGACAUGUACAUGGCCAUCGAUAAACUGGGAACACUGCGAGUGGCGGCGUUUGUUCUACCGAAAAAUUCUUCCUUACGAAAAGGAAUCGAAAGAGGUUUUGCACAGACCACACAGGAAGGACUGUGGGCAGCUGGCAUUCAGCAGUAUGAGCGGUAUAUGCGGUUGAAGUCGCAUGCACGAAUGGAGACCUGCUACAAGAAAACUUUGAAGGACAGCGCCGGAUUGCGCAAGCAAGCUAUCAGUCUGGAGAGUUUCGCAUUUCUUAUUGCACUGUGGGGAUAUGGAUGCUGCUUAGGAUGCGCUAUGUUUAUUUACGAAUAUGCCAAAUGGAUGCGCCAAAGAGGCAGAAUUGUAAAAGUUGCACCGAAAAAUUAGCAUUAUGCGCGGACGUUGUCGUGUGGUCCCACAAAAUUUUAUAAUUAUGUACAUACUAGCUAAAAAACCUG